AUGGCCGAACGCAAGACUGUCCAGAAGUACUAUCCCGCCGACUUUGACCCAGCAAAGAUAGUGCGCUCAAAGAAAUCCUCAAUUCCCACACGCACCGUCGUAAACUUCGCCUGCCCCUUCCGCAGCAUGCGCUGCCUCUCCUGCGGCCACUACACCACCAAGGGCAAAAUCUUCCGCAACAGCCCCAAACACAUCUCGCCGGAAAGCUACCUCGGCGUGAAGAUCGUUACUCUGCACUGCAAGUGUCCUGGCUGCGGCGCGGAAAUCGUUAUUGAGACUGAUCCUAAGGAUAUGGACUACAAAAUCGUGAGCGGGGCAAAGAGACAAUACGAAGCGUGGAGGGAUGAUGAGCGUGCCGGGGAUACCGAGGAGCAGCGUUUGGAGAGGCUUGAAGCUGAGGGACUUGAAGAAGGCGACGAGAAAGCGACGUUGGAGACGCUGGAAAGGAAGAUUGAGGAUGCGAAGGUUGAGGUUGCUGUUGCGGAUGCGUUGGAUGAGAUUAGAGCGGCGAAUGCACGGAGGGAGGGCGUUGAUAAGGGUUGA